AUGGAGUCGUCGGAAUUGUGUGUAGUUGAAAGUGCUUCGAUUACCAUGAAUACAAAAAAUAACCGUGGUCAUAUAAUUUUAACCUAUGAAAAAGAUAUUGGAAACUAUUUGAUCGUCGAAAAUAUUGACGAUUGUUUAAAACAUGAACUUUUACGUAAUCCUUGGGUACCGAAUACUACUUAUGAUUUUAAUAGUGAUUUGAAAUCAGGAAGAACUCGAGCAUUUAGACAUCAAUGGUUGCACGAAAACGGUUCAUGGUUGACAUAUUCAGCUCUUGAGGGUGUGAAAGGAGCUUUUUUUAGAAUAUGUUUGUUGUUCAAGCCAUCAAUUCAUAGAGAUGUACAAGAUGGAUUUAUAAUAAAACCUUUUACUAAGUAUAAAGAUUUUCAUGCAUCUUCUAAAAUACAUUUGUCUUCAAAUUGGCACACUGAAUCAAUGUCAAGAGCAAAAGAUUUUAUGGAUAUUAUGAAUUGUAAAAAAAUUGGAACAAGGAAAAAAUCAAAUUCUGGUGUUUUUCAUGAUCUUUUGAAUUUUCGUAUUGAAUCUGGCAAUGAGAUAUUGAAAGAUCAUUUUUUAACUAAUGUGGGAAAUGCUAAAUAUUCAUCCCAUAGAACUCAAAAUGAAUUAAUUACAUUGUGUGGAAAAAUAUUAAAAGGAGAAAUAGUAUGUGAAGCUAAUGCCGCGUAUGCGUUUUCCAUUAUUACUGACGAAUCAGCAGAUAUUUCUGGUGUUGAGCAGCUAACAAUUGUAAUUAGAUUUUUAGUCAAACAGUCAAAGAUUCGAGAAGAAUUCCUUGGCUUUUUACCAUUAGACAAAUUAGACGCAGAAUCAGUUGCUUCUAAAAUUUUAUCAUUUAUGGAAGAUAGUGUUCUUAAUUUAAGUAAAUUUUGUGGACAAGGUUAUGACGGCUGUGCUACAAUGGCUAGAAAAGUAGGCGGUGUUGCUAAAUUAAUUCGUGACCGAUAUAAUAAAGCUUUAUAUUUCCAUGUUGCUAGUCACCGAUUAAAUUUAGUAAUUAACGAUCUAAACAAAGUUAUGGUUAUUCGUAAUACUAUUG